AUGCAAAAAUCAAAGAUCAGAUCAGAAAUCCAAAAUCUGGAGUCCAAGUCCAUCCCUAAAGAAAAAGAAAGAAAAGGAACAUUAGUAGUGUUCCAAAUCAAAAAAGAAAAAGAAACAACAAAUAACACAAAUACUCACUCCAAAACUGAAAUCUUGAGUCCAGUAAUAUCCAAGUUCAUUUCUAAAGAAAAAGAAAGGAAAAGGAACGUUAGUAGCGUUUCUAAAUCAAAAAAACAAAAACAAACAAAAAACAAUUGCAAAUACUCGCCCAAAGCUGAAAUCUGGUGUCCGGUCAGUAUUCGAUAUUCUUCUAUUGGGUUCAUCGGUCCUCUUUUCAGCAUCGGAUUUCAGAUUGGUCCUCUUUUCAGCAUCAGAUUCCGGGUUGGUCCUCUUUUUAACGCUAGAUUCCAGUUCAAAGAAUUUAUAGAACAAACUCUUUUACCUGAAACUGAAAUUACUAAACAAAAAACUAUUUCUGAUUCUACUACAAAAUGGUGGUUAAAUGUAUUAGAAGAAAUGGAUAAAUAUGAACCAUAUAUGGCAAGUUAUGAAAGAGAAACAAUGGAUAAAAUCUUGCCAAAUCUUCAAAAUAGUGAAAAAGAACAUAUUUUGGUAACACAUGAUAAGUGCAUUUUUUAUUCUAAUGAUGGCAAGCAAGUAUGUGGACGGCUUAAACUAAAUGCUCAAACAAUUGAAAAUUACCCUAAUAUUCCACAAGAAGCUUGCGUUUAUUAG